AUGGAGUAUCCCCACAUUAAACUGCGCGAACAACUUCCGGUCCUCAACGUGGGAUCCCCUGAUCGACCGAGCUAUCUUGCAACAGAGGUGUGUGAAGUCCUCCUAGGGCAAGUUAUCAAACGAAGAUUGAGCCCGGACCAAAUCCUGGAGAUGAUUAAGUUUGCUUGCAGAAAGACGUGGGAGAAUUGUGACUCAAUCGUUGGUGAUGGGAAAGCCACUCUGGGAUUAAACCUGCUUUCUAAUCCGUUUCUGGGGAAGAUGGGCCUCGAAGUCGGACGCAGCUUGAUCACCGUCGCCGCCCCUGGUAGUCUGGGGCCCUGGACAUACAUUCUGUUCAACUCGAACAGACCUCGUGCUGGCUUCGGCCCAUGUUUUGUACACCAAAAUGUCAUGAAGUUCAAGGACUUCGUAAACUGUGCUGGCAUCGAUUCUAAUGGAUUUAUUCAAAGUCCUCCAGAUCCAGUAAUAAAUCCGAGCGAUGGAGAGGACGCUGCGAACAAGAUGGCGAUUGAUAGCAUCCUCUCGCGCAUGCAUACUGCUCCCAAGAAGCCAAGAUUUGUACCGGCAAUUCUACCGUCCAGUAAUGUUGCGAUCCAUAAUAGCAUCAAGACGUCUGCGGAUACCAAGCAUGGAAUCCACACUGUGUGUGUGGUUGCGUCGAAAUUCUUGAAGGAGCAACGCCAAGACCAAUACUUUGGGAAUAUCUCCCUCAAGUUCAACCUCAAGGCAGGCGGAAUUAACAAUACUGUAGACCUGGCCAAGCUUGGAAUCGUGGGUCAAGGGAAGACGAUGCUUGUUGGCCUCGACGCCACUCACCCUUCGCCCAGGAGGGAGGGAUCGUGGCCAGCACCGAUGGCACUUUGGGUCAGUGGCCUGCAUCUUUUGCCUUUCAGGAAGGGCGCAAGGAGAUGGUACCACCUGUAG